AUGGGUUGCUUUGUGAGUAAAGAUAAACUCACUAAAGAGGACAUGGACUUCCUCAAAACGCAUACAUCUUAUGACGAGACCACCAUCAAGGAAUGGUAUAAAGGAUUCAAGCAAGAUUGUCCUAACGGAAGGCUGACCCCGGCUAAAUUCGUCGACAUGUACAAGAUGUUCUUCCCAUCUGGUAACGCAGUUGAAUUCUGCGACCAUGUGUUCCGAACAUUUGAUAUGGACAAGAAUGGAUACAUAGAUUUUAAGGAAUUCCUCCAAGCGAUUCAUGUGACCUCCAGCGGCACACCUGAAGAAAAGUUAAAAUGGGCUUUCCGUAUGUAUGAUGUUGACGGAAAUGGGGUCAUAGAUAUUCAGGAGAUGACUAAAAUAGUCCAAGCAAUCUAUGACAUGCUCGGCGCUUGCUCAAGCAAUAGGCCAGCUGAUUCUGCGGAAGAGCGCGCUAAAAACAUCUUUGCGAAGAUGGAUGAGAACAACGACGGACAGCUCACGCAGGAGGAGUUCCUCAAAGGAUGCCUCCAGGACGAGGAGCUAUCCAAAAUGCUGGCGCCU